GGCACAACCAAACCAUUCCCGUAACGGCUUUGCGCUCAGACUUCGUGCCCAGCAACCUCGGACAACGCUCUCGUCCACGACACGGGCCGGCACAAGACCAGCCAGCUCCCGCCGUCCCACGAACCGACAGCUGCUGCAGUCCAUCGACUCUCACCACAGCUUUGCUGCCCAACCCGAGCCUUGCCAUGUCGGACGACGAGGGCGAGUCCUCGCUCGCGCCCGGCUCGACACCGCGCCACAAGGCGCCGCGCUUCACCUGGAACUCGGUCUACGAAGAGACCUUCUUUCGCUCCCUCUGCGAGUCCAUCCAGCUCGGCUUCAAGGAGCACCAGAGCUUCAAGGCUGGCGCGUGGGAGCGUGCCGCCCUCGCCCUCCGCGACAAGCACAACGCCUAUCCCGAAAAGAGUCACCUCAUCAACAAGGCCGACAACGCGCGCAAGAAGUUCCGAUUGUGGCGCUCCCUCCGCGAGGACCCCGAGUUCCUCUACAACCCGGCCACCCGCACCGUCACAGCCUCUGACGACGCCUGGAAGCGGCACAUCCAGAAGGAGCCUCUGUCCAAGGCCCUGAGGGGCCGCCCCUUUGAGCACGAAGAAUACCUCGAGAUCCUCUUCCCCGAUGUCGUAGGCUCGGGUGGUGCGCCUAAGCGCAUCAUGCGGCCACGGCGGAAGACGCUGACAUCAGCAGAACCCGAUGCCAUACCCUCAACCGCCCUCGACUCGUCCAGCACGAUGCUCAACAACUCCCACAUUCACGAUACUUCGCAGUUCGUACACGACUCGUCCCAGGACCACUCAUUCCAACACCUCCAGCCAGGAGGGCCUGGCGUCGCCCCCAUAGGCCUGACGCUUCCCUCAGCAUCGACAGCGAACGUUCUUACACCUCCAGACGAAAUCAACCCAAACGCACAGUCCCGCAAACGACCAAAUGGCGACAUGACGACUCCACAGCAGCACCAGUCAGCAAAGCGUCGCGGCCGCCCGCCGCGUUUCUCCCACCUGGCAUCCAACGCCUCGCCAGCAGCUGCACAAACACCCAGCAGCACCACAGCUUCGGCGGCCGUAGUUCCUCGGCCCACCGCCACGCCGGCUCUACAACCGAUACACCCGUCCUUCCAGACUAACGGUGCGGUGUAUGAGUGCUUCACCAUGCUAGCCGAGGCUCUGCGGUCGGCAUCAUCGCGGCCAGCACCCCCUCGGUGGCAAGAGCAGGCCGUGGAGAUUCUUUUUCGCGACUUUUCGGACGAGGAUGCCGAUCUGCAGCUCAAGAUUGCCGAGAAGGCGCUCACCGACGAGAACAAGGCCAUGGUCUUUGUCAAGAUGACGCCUGCCCUGAGGAAUCACUGGGUCGGCAGGCUGCGGGACGUGCAUAUGCGGACACAGGGGAGUGGUGUUGGACCGGGUGGAGGUUUGGGCAGGGCCAUAGACGAAGCAUCGUAGGUUUUGUGGCUGGACUUUUGGACGACGCAGCAGCGAGCAUGGCAGCAUGGAGAAAAGUUUGAUUCGAAUCACUCGUUCUGGGUUCAAGGGAAGUUCAAAGCACCCCGUUUUUUUCUUUCUUUCGAUUAUGCGAAGGCGCAAUUGGUGUUCUUUGCUUGGCAGGGUUUUCUAUUCCAACCCAAUGUACAUAUACCAGGGAAACAUUCAGCUAGGUCCACACACUAGAGAUUGCAUCAGUGAGCUCCGACUCGCACCAGAAUCUACAUAUCAAAAUUGUUCCUCCCCGA